AUGGCACCCGGCAUUAUCUCCUCAACCAAUGGCGACGCGUUUGACGAAAGCCUGCCAGUUCCCGUUGGCCACUCUGUGUUAAACGGCAGCAAAGGCACCCAUCUGAACGGCACCCACAAUCAUGCCACAUCCAACGGACAUAGCGGUUACCUGAAUGGUGACCGGCCCGCUGGUGAUGUCUUGAACGGUAUCGGCAAAUCCAACGGAGUAGAAAUCCUCAACGAUCUAACCAACGGCAAUGGUGCGGCCACACCAGCCCUAUCUGAAUCCAACCCCGACAUUCCAAUAGCCAUCUGCGGCAUGGCAUGUCGCCUCCCCGGCGGGCUGCAUACUCCUCAGCAGUUGUGGGAGUUUCUGCUCGCCAAAGGCGACGCCAAGUCGGUGGUGCCCGAGUCCCGGUAUAACGUCGAGGCCUUUUAUGACCCCUCAGGUCGACCGGGCACUGUCAAGACCCGGCACGGAUAUUUCCUUGACGUUGACCUGACAAAGGUCGACGGCGCCUUCUCGAGCUUCGUCCGCGGCUCGCUCGAGCGCAUGGAUCCCCACCACAUCCAGAUGAUGGAGGUCGCCCGUGAGAGUCUCGAGGACGCCGGCGUGACUGGCUGGCGUGGCAGCCUUAUCGGCUGCUAUGUCGGCAGCUUCGGCGAAGACUGGAUCGAGAUGAACGCCAAGGAGAACCAGCCGUACGGUGUUUACCGUACUACCGGCUCUGGUGACUUUAUGCUGUCCAACCACGUGUCUUAUGAACUGGACAUUAAGGGACCUAGCAUGACGGUCCGCACCGCCUGUUCGGCAGCAAUGGUCGCCCUCCACGAAGCGUGCCGCGCCAUCCGUCGUGGUGACUGCUCGUCUGCCAUCGUCGGCGGCGCCAACCUGAUUCUUGCCCCAGGCAUGACGCAGGCCAUGAGCGAACAGGGCGUACUCUCGCCUGAGGGCUCCUGCAAGACCUUCUCUGCUGAUGCCGACGGCUACGGCCGUGGUGAAGCUGUUUCGGCUCUGUACAUCAAGCCUCUUGACGCCGCACUGAGGGAUGGGAACCCGGUGCGCGCCAUCAUCAAACAAACGGCAACAAACGCCGACGGCAAAACGCAAGGCGUGUCUAUGCCCAGCACUGAGAGUCAUGAAGCCUUGAUCCGGAAGGCCUAUGAAUUGGCCGGCAUCGAUGACUUCUCCAAGACCACCUUUGUCGAGUGCCACGGCACCGGCACGCCCACCGGCGAUCCUAUUGAGACCAACGCCGUGGCCCGUGUCUUCGGCACCAAGGAGCGUGAGCUGUAUAUCGGCUCCGUCAAGCCGAACCUAGGUCACUCCGAGGGCGCGUCAGGCCUGACCUCCAUCAUCAAGGUCGUCAUGGCCCUCGAGAACCGCGUGAUCCCGCCCAACAUCAAGUUUUCACAGCCCAACCCCAACAUCCCCUUCAAGGAGAGCAACCUCGUCGUGCCAGUCGACCCCACCCCCUGGCCCAAGGACCGCUACGAGCGCGCGAGUAUCAACAGUUUCGGCAUCGGCGGCACCAACGCACACGCCAUUCUCGAGUCUGCUCGCUCGUAUGGCGUGGAGCCGCUGGAUUCGACCUCAUCCCCCUUGUCUACUCUGGGGCAAGAAGCACAAGCAUCCGACGACGAGCCGCAGUUGCUCCUCUACUCGGCGAAUUCGUCAAGCUCCCUCAAGACCACAGUCGACAACUUCCAGUCCUUCGUGGAGAGUAACCCCGACAAACUUUCCCGGUUGGCGUACACACUGGCCAACGGCAGAGAGCACCUCUCCCACCGCGCGUUCGCCAUUGCCACCAAGAGCGGCGACUCGGUCGUGUCCGCUUUCGUCCGGGCGCCGCAGAACUCGCCGGACGUCGUCAUGGUCUUCACCGGCCAGGGCGCUCAGUGGCCGGCUAUGGGUACCGAGCUGCUCCAGCAGGACAACUCGGUGUUCCGCUCGACCAUCCGCUCCCUUGAUGCCGCCCUCAAGGAGACACUACUCACGAAGCCUGAAUGGAGCAUCGAGCGAGAGCUGCUCAAGGUCGGGAAGCAGAGCCGCAUGGACCUGGCUGAAGUGUCCCAGCCGCUCUGCACGGCCGUACAAGUCGCUCUCGUCGACACGUUGGCAUCUGUAGGUAUCCGACCGACUGCCGUCGUGGGCCACUCUAGCGGUGAGAUCGCCGGUGCCUAUGCUGCCGGCGCCCUUACGGCCCGGGAGGCCAUCAUUGUGGCCUGGCUUCGUGGUGUCGCGGCCAAGAUGCAGCAGAGAGCUGGAAGCAUGGCCGCCGUCGGUCUCGGCUGGGAUGAUGUGAAGCUGUACUUGGCUGGCACGACGGCUGCUGUCGCUUGUGAGAACUCUCCGCACAGCGUCACCAUCUCCGGAGACACGCCCGCCGUCGAGGCCGUCCUGGCCAAGAUCAAGCAGUCGCGUCCUGGCGGCAAGGACGUCUUGGCCAGACUCCUCAAAAUCGACAAGGCUUACCACUCCUACCACAUGGCCGAGGUGGGCGAAUGGUACCGCAAGGCUUUGGAAGACCACAACAUCGUUGCUGGCGGAGCCCGCAGCUGUCUCUUCUACAGCAGCGUCACCGGCAAGCUGCUUCAGCCCAGUGAAUCGCUCGGCCCUGAGUACUGGAAGAGCAACCUCGAGAGCCCCGUCCUCUUCUCGACGGCUGUUUCCCAGAUACUCCAGAACCCGGAGUUGGCGCAGCAGCAACCCAAUCGCUCCGUCUUGCUCGAGGUCGGUCCGCACUCUGCAAUGGCCGGGCCGCUGAGGCAGAUCACGGCCAACGCCGUGCCCCCAGUGACGCUGCCCUACGUGUCAGCCAUGAUCCGCAGCCGAAACUGCGUCGAGAGCUAUCUCACGGCCAUCGGCAAGCUCCAUCAGCUGAAUGUGAAGAUUGAUCUUGGCUCUCUGUUGCCUAGAGGCUCAGGAACAAACCCUUUCCUCCCCGACCUUCCCCGGUACGCUUGGGACCAUGAGGAGACGGCUUGGUGGGAGUCGAGAACUUCCAAGGAGUGGCGGCUACGCAAGCACCCUUACCACGAGCUCUUGGGUAUUCGUACGACCGAAAGCACUGAUCUUGAGCCAACGUGGCGUAACGUCUUCCACGUCGAGCAGUCCCCCUGGGUCCGUGACCACAUUAUUGCCGAAAACGUUGUGUUCCCUUUCGCCGGCUACAUGGCGAUGGCGGCUGAGGCAGCUCGCCAGAUCACCGGCCUCGAGGACGGCUAUGCCCUCCGUCAUGUCAUCGUCAGCACGGCGCUCGUCGUCACAGACGGCAAACCCCUCGAGUUGCUCACCACGCUGCGCCCCGUUCGCCUCACGGAUUCCCUCGACAGCAAGUGGUGGGAGUUCAGUAUUGCCUCGCACAACGGAGUUCUAUGGACGAAGCACUGCACCGGACAGGUCCAGUCCCUCAGCCGCACUGUCGACGGCGGUGACGGCGGCGGCAUCCCUGCUGUUCCCGGCGACGAUGCCCGUCACAGCAUGACGCGUACGCUAGGAACACGCAAGGCGUAUGGCAUCAUGCAAGAGGUCGGCCUCCGAUACGGGCCAUUCUUCCAAGCUCUGCAGAACAUCCGAACAGGCACGCUGGAUCGGUCGGCGGCGGCUGAGGUGGAAGUCCCGAAGCUCGAGGGUGGUGCAGCCCAGCAGCCGUACCAUCUGCACCCUAUCAUGCUCGACGCCUGCCUACAAAUCCUAAGCGUUGCGGCGACCAAGGGCUACACUCAGAAGAUGAGCAUGGCAAUUCCCACCCUCGUAGAGGAGCUCAAGGUCUACCGCAGCACGUCCGACGUUGAGCUGUCGUCUGAGGCCGAGAUAAGCAGUCUCGGCGCCAUCACUGGGUCCUGUCGGUGCUUCACAGCCGGCGGCGAAGUCGUUCUCGACAUGUCCGGCGCUCGUCUUGCGCCGCUGCCAGGAGAGGGUUCUGAAGAACGCGCCAAGGACUCUCACUCAACCGCCCGCUACUCUUGGGGCCCCCACGUUGACUUUCUCGACGAGCUUUCGCUUGUUGAUACGCCCAAGACCGAGGAUCGCGAGCUCUAUUUGCCCGCUCUCGAUGAGAUGACACAGCUCUGCCUCGUCUAUGCUCAGCGACGCCUCUCGAACCUCCAAACCAUGCUCCCUUUCAUGGAGAGAUACGCUGCUUGGAUCCGCGAGCAGGCUUCGAGGGCAGACGCCUCCCUGAUUGAGAUGGAGGACUGGGCUCUCUUCGAGGCCAUCAAAGCCAAGCUCCUAGCUCUCCAUGAUACCGCGGCAGCCGGGGCGGCGCUGGCCGUCUUCAAGAUUCUCUCUAGUAUCACCAGCAUUUUCCAGGGCCGUGACAGCGCGUCCAAUGUUCUUCUGGCCGAUGACAGCCUCGCCAAGGUCAAGGCUCUCCGGGAUACUGCCUUUGACACGUCUCGCCUCCUGCGCCAGCUCGCUCGCUCGCGACCAGACCUCCGCGUCCUUGAACUUGAAGCUGGUAUGGGUACGCACACCGCUGAGGCCCUCCGCAGCCUAGUGUACGAAAACGGUGGCCCAAUCAUGUACUCUACCUACACCUUUACCGACCUGUCCUCGGGCGUUGUGACGGCGGCCAAGGAGCGCUUCAAGGCAGCCGCCAACAUGCAAUACAAGACGCUCGACAUCUCACAGCCGCUCGAGGAGCAGGGCUUCGCGGCUGACAACGAACCGGGGUACGACGUCAUCAUCGCAACAAAUGUAAUGCAUGCCACACCCAAGCUCUCAGAAAGCCUGGCAAACCUGCGCCGGCUUCUCCGCCCCGACGGUCGCGUGCUUCUACAGGAGUUCUCGUCCGGCUCGUCCAAGUGGCUGAACUUUGUCAUGGGUGCCGUGCCCCGAUGGUGGAGCGGCGUCACUGACGGUAGGGUCGAGGAGCCUUACAUCGAUCUCGCCUCCUGGAACAAAGUCUUGAGCGGUGCCGACCUGGCCGUCUCCGUCUCCAUGCCCGAUUCGCCGCGCGAGGAUCUCCAGCAGAAUAACCUAAUGAUCAUUCGGCACGCUGAAACUGUGGCCAAGUCCCCGUCUGGCCGUGAGGUCACUCUCCUCUGCCGCACUAGCUCUGAGAACCCUCUGGUUGUGGACGAGCUGAAGAAGGAGCUGGGCAGGGUCGGGUUUGUCGUGACCCAGAGGAAUCUGGGCGACGAGGUACCCCAGGGCGAAGAUGUCAUCGCCCUGCUCGAUCAACAGGACGCCUUCUUCGACGGCAUCGACGAGAAACGGUACGAGGCAUUCAAGAACCUCGUCAGGACCGCCUCUGCCAGCGGCUCCGGCAUCUUCUGGAUCACACGGCUCUGCCAGGUGGCGCCCUAUGAGAGCCCGUUGCACGCGCAAGUCAUCGGCACCGCACGCACACUCCGGUCCGAGGCGGAUGUCGCCUUCGCCACAUGUGAGGUCGACGACGUCGGCGCCUCCGCCGGGAGCAUUGCGACCGUCUUUAGACACUUUGCGACGGCGCGAGAGGCCAAGGCGGCUACAGCCAAGGACGACCCCACUGCUUUGGAUCCCGACUAUGAGUACGCCAUCGUCGACAACGUAGUACACACUGGCCGUUUCUAUCCCUUCUCCCUCGCCGACGAGCUGCAGUGCGCCGACGCGGGAGACAGGGUCGUGCUUGACACGAAGAAGCCUGGCUUGCUUGCGGCCCUUACCUGGAACCGCCGCGUUUCGACGCCACUCGAGGGAAACCUCGUCGAGGUCAAGGUUUCGGCUGCCGGACUAAACUUUAGGGACGUGCUGAGCGCCAACGGCAUCGUUGACAUGCCUGAGGAAGGUUUCGGUCUCGAGGCUUCUGGUGUCGUUUCCGCGGUCGGCCCAGACGUCAAACACCUCCGCGCUGGUGAUCGCGUCUUCCUGUUGAACCGGGGCUCAUUUUCGACAUCCAUCACCAUCCCUGAGGAACUUUGUGAGAAGAUACCCGAUGGCCUGUCUCUCGAGGACGCCGCAACGAUGCCCUGCGUCUAUGCGACUGCAAUCUACUCGCUUUUCAACAUAGGCCGUCUGCAGCGAGGACAGUCCGUCCUGAUCCACAGUGCCUGCGGCGGCGUCGGUAUCGCCGCCAUCCAGCUUGCCCGCAUGGCCGGUGCGGUCAUCUACACGACGGUAGGUAGCGAGGAGAAGGUGAAGUAUCUAAUGGAUACCUUCAACAUCCCCCGAGAACACAUCUUUAACUCGCGAGACAAGUCCUUUGUUGAAGGGAUCAAGUCUGUGACCAAUGGAAACGGCGUUGACCUCGCCCUCAACUCUCUGUCCGGAGAGCUACUGCAUGCCACAUGGAGAUGUGUCGCCGAGUUCGGUAUCAUGGUAGAGAUCGGCAAGCGAGAUCUUCUUGGCUCUGGUAGACUGGAAAUGGACGUCUUCCUGGCUAAUCGAUCAUACUGCUGUGUCGAUCUUGACCAACUUUGCUUCAAGAGGCGGACUAUCUGUAAAGAGCUUCUUCAACGCGUGGUCGAGUGCUACAACGACGGCUACAUUCAACCCGUCCGGCCUGUCACCGUCUUCAGCGCCGGAAAGGUCCGCGAGGCCUUCCGCUUCAUGCAGCAGGGACUUCACAUGGGUAAAAUUGUCAUCAAGAUCAGGGAAACCCCCGAUGCCGAUCCCGAGGAGGAGUUGGUGGCUGCCACACGCAAGAGAGAGGUCUCUCUCGGCGGUAGCGGCGGAGACAACGGCUCGGCAGACGCUUCGUAUCUACUCGUUGGCGGUCUCGGAGGUCUGGGCCAGGGCGUGUCGCGCUGGCUCGUCGAACGCGGUGCGCGCCAUCUCGUAUACCUUUCACGCAGCGCUGGCUCCAAGGAUGAGGACAAACUUUUCAUCGAAGAGCUGCGCAGCAUGGGCGCCCGUGUGACGCUGGUCAAGGGCGAUGUAUGUGAGGGUGCGGACGUCCGGCGCGCUGUUGAGGCGGCGGGCGGCAAAGAGUGCCUCCGCGGAGUCAUGCAGAUGUCUAUGGUCCUCCGCGACCGCUCUUGGGACGGCAUGACGCUCGAAGAGUGGCAGCAGGCCGUCGCGCCCAAGGUCCAAGGCACGUGGAACCUCCAUCUCGCCACACAGGACUGCACCUCGCUGGACUUCUUCGUCCUCUUCUCCUCCAUUUCCGGCAUCGUGGGCCAGCCGGGCCAGGCCAACUACGCCGCGGCCAACACCUUCCUUGAUUCCUUCGCCAGGUGGCGUUUGACCCAGGGCCUCCCGGCAUCUUCAGUGGACAUUGGAGCCGUCGACGACAUCGGCGUCAUCUCAAACAACGAGACCCUCCGCCGCGCUAUGAAGACGACCGGAGCGUACAUGAUCAACGAGGCGGAGCUCAUGGAGGCCAUUGGCGCAUCGGUGCUGCUUAAGGAGGGCCCCGCUACGGGAACGAACUUUGUUCUUGGCCUGGCCUCGACCACGCCGCUCACUAGCUCUAGCAACCGGUCCCUUUGGAAGAAGGACAUGCGCAUGGCAGUGUACCGCAAUAUUUCAACUGGCGAGGACGGAUCUGGGCCGGGCGGCUCGUCGUCGAGUGAGGCCCUCAAGAUCUGGCUUAAAUCAGCACGAGGCGGUGACGAAGGGCUGUUGAAGGAAGAAGGCGCUGUCGACUUCCUGGCUCGCGAAAUCGGCAAGAAGCUUUUCACCCUGGUACUCCGACCCGAGGACGAAAUCCAGACAUCUGUCGCGCUGGCUGAUCUCGGUAUGGACUCGCUCGUUGCUAUCGAGAUGCGUAGCUGGUGGCGCGCGACCUUUGGCUUUAAUAUUAGUAUGCUGGAACUCCUUGGCAUGGGUAACCUCGAGGCUCUUGCUGCUUUUGCAAUUGACGGAAUGCUAAAGGCACUUCAAGAGUAA